UGCUGCCUCCAGUUUCUCUCUGCUUCCUGUCAGCUUGGUUGUCCUGCAUGGUGCCGGCUGCGGUCCCAAACAAACUCAAUGGCAUCAGAGACAUUCUACAAAGUGGGAGAUGGGGAGGAGGCCAUGCUGAAGAAGGAAACCCUCAAUGUCUUGAAUGCACUUGAUCAAAUGUCGAAGCCCUUUCCAAACCCCAAGUCAAUGAACAGGACCGUCACGACCAAAGGCCUCCCACUUUCCUCAAGGGGCAGUUUGGUGAACUUCUUAGAGGAGGAUGCCAUCAAUCUACCGAAGCACAUGCCGGUGGAGGAUUCCGAAUGCAGCUCCGAUGACACCAGCAUCUCCCCCUUGUCAUCCACCUUGUUGAAUCCCAUCAAGUUGGCCGUGACCCAGCCCAACAGCAGCUUCUUUGCGGGCAUGCUGGAGGGCGAGCUGAACAAACUCAGCCUCUCCUCCAUAGCCAAGAGCACAGAGAAGGGGCACCUGGCCCUCUGCCCCCAGUCUAAGUCCCAGAUGGCCCCUCGGGGCCUUCUGGACCUCGACAACCCUGAGGCGGACACAGAUACGUCCUCAACGCCCUCGGAGUCCUCUGUGGUCUUGGAUGUGCCGGAGGCACCCUUCAUCUGUGAACACACGGUCAGCGACUCCACAGCUGUGAUUUCCUGGACCUACGCCCCUGGCAAGCAGCAGGUCAGUUUCUACCAGGUCCUGUUACAGGAGGUGGUCAGGAAAAACAGCAGCGAGACGCCCAAGGCAAAGAACCGCCCCUGGAUCUUCAAUAAAAUCCUGGGCACCACCGUCAAGCUGAUGGAGCUGAAGCCGAACACGAGUUACUGCCUCACCGUCCGUGCAGCUAACACCGCUGGGGUGGGGAUGUGGUGCAAGCCCUACAAAUUUGCAACUGUGGCCACUGACUUGAACAGCUUCCCCGAGAACAACCCCAUCCAGAUUACCGUGCAGCGCAAGGAGCCCCAGCGGAAGACCGUGUCCCUCGGGCUGGAGGACAUGCGCAGGCUCGAAGAUCUGGAACACCUCUUUCCCUACUAAGGGGGAGGGUUCCAGGAAGCCCCUC